AUGGAAAAAUCAACAGUGAGCGCAAUCAACAAACAUGUAAAUGACGAUUUAGCUUUUCUUGUUCUGUCAAAGUUGCCUAUUAAGCCUUUGACUCGAUUUCGUUGCGUACGUAAAUCAUGGUAUCAGUUGUUGGAAAACUCUUAUUUUAUGAACAUGUUCCGAAAGAAUUUCUUAUUCAAGAAUCACUCUUUUUACAAUGACACAUCUCUCCUUCUAUAUUAUGAUAUGUCAUGGUUUGCUGAUAAUCUAAAUAAAUCUGGAAUGUAUUCUCUUUCUGGAGAGAGAUUUGAGAAUAUGAUCUACAUAGAUUGGUCAAACUUAUUCAAUAGAGAUGAAUGGUCGUUUAAUGUUCUGGGAUCAACUAGUAUCAAUGGUUAUCUUUGCAUUGAAGGUAAACAUACAGGGAGAGUGAUAUUGUGGAAUCCAACUACCGAGGAAUACAAAGUUAUUCCUCCUAGUCCUUUUUCUAAUCAAUCAAUUGUGCCUCAAGUUUGUCUUUAUGGGUUUGGUUUUGAUUCUAUUAAAGAUGAUUAUAAGAUUAUUCAGCACCUAGUAUUUUCUCAUGGAACAUACAACAAUGAAGAUGCAACAUGGAAAGAUGGAAGCUCCUUGUGGGAGAUAUAUUGUCUAAAAAGCAACUCUUGGAAUACACUUGAUGUAAAUAUGCCUACAUAUUAUCUAGAUGAGGUGGGAGCUCAUGCGUAUAUGGAUGGAGUGUGUCAUUGGUUGGGUAAAAGUAAAACAGGUGAAUGGGAUUGUGACAUGCACAAUGAAGUUGAAUUGGUCUCAUUUACUUUGAGCACUGAGAUGUUUGUUACAACAUCCUUACCUUCAAACCUGAGCGAUAAUGAUUAUAAAUACUUAGCAAUUUUAAAUGGAACUAUAACAUUGAUUUUAAGUAAUGCAGAGACAACUAGUUUUGAGAUAUCAAUUUUAAGGGAAGUUGGGACGAAAGACUCAUGGGUCAAGCUCUUCAUUAUUAAGUCCUUAGCUUGUAUUGAAUGUCCUAUUGGAGUCAGCAAAAACGGCGAUAUAUUUUUUAUUAAAAAGAAUGAAGAACUAGCUUGGUUUAAUUUAGGUACACAAAAUAUCGGAGAACUUUGUCUUAAAGGAGCCUAUUAUUGUAAAAUAAUAAAUUAUUAG